UCUUCCGAUUUAGAAAACGGACUAUUUAACAGAGUCCUAAUAAUAGCCGUUCGUACGCGAGUAUACUAAGCGCCUAUAAAUACGCAGCUACCACGGGCCGCGGAAACACGAGCCCGUGGAUUUCACGGUGCAACCUGCCACACGAGGAGAUAGAAAAGACGCGAGUCCGAAGGGAAAAGAGGGAGAAUAAUCUUGAAGGAGGGCGCACCUGGCGCUCUAAAGAGAAACUUGCCAUAAUCGGAUCUAGUCGGUGCCAGUAACGCAAGAUAAUCGCGCGCGGUACACGCGAGACGGAGGGAAACUGUUGAGAUAGGAGGCAACUAUAUAGAGAAACACACGCUGGGAGUGUACGCGUAUACACGAAACGCAAAAGAAGACAAAGACAGCGAAGGCAAUCGGUCCGGCCCAAGGCUCUCUGCUUGGUUCCAGUACUCCCAGCCUCUGAAAGCAGAUUAGAGAAUAACCGCAGCCGGAGUGAGAUUUUAUUAUUCCACCGUAGUAUAUCCGACGAGUAUAUAUCCUUUCUUUUACUCUCGUAACACGAGAAACAUCCCAUGUUGGAAUUCGACGGGCAGCUUCUCGAGCUUGCAGCAACUCUACCAAGCCGCGGUAGCCUAAAAAUAUCUCCUUCCUGCAUAUUCUGACGCGUUUAUACCGUCACAAGUGUGGCGCGUUCUUCCUUUGUAUUAUCCUACGUACUUUCCUCUCGAUCGAGACUAAAAAGACCUCGAUCAUUUUAAACAUCGGCGCAUCGGCUCGUUGGAAAAGACAAACUCCCUGUAUUAAUCGUUUUUUUUUUUUUUUUUUUGGGGGCUAUACCGAUACAACCGGAAGAACGUGUUCGUCCGUUGAACCUAUGCUAUACUUCGCUUUGCCCUCGUUAAAGAAGUACAUGGUACAUUGGCUUAUAUGUCAGUUCUAGGUUUACAACUGUCAGAAGUAACGAAGGUCUCAGUGAUAAUAGAUUAGUUACUAUUUAAUACAGACGAUUAGAAGAACGGCAUUAAAGAUAAACUUGGGAAGGAGAAUGCCUAGAAGGAAAUUAGAUCUAAAGAGGAAGCACCGUGGAUGACCAUCGAAAGGUAUGAAGAUCGUGGACGAGUUAAUCACCGCCGGUGGCUCGCACGUAGCUGAAUAUCUGCCGUCGGAACGAUUCUCGAAAGAAUUAAAUCUUGUCCGUCGGCUGAACGAUCGAUGCGCCGCGGAUUUGCCAUUGAUAAUUAACCAAUCGACUAAUUGUUUGAUUCAUAUUGCCUGGUAAGGAGAAUAGAAAAAGAGAUCGGAUAAAAUAGUGAGUGAAACGAAGUGUACCGAAGAAAAGUGGUCCACGGUGGAGGGUGGAGGGAACGGAGUGCAAGGGGUCGCUGUGGGCCCCGGAGAUGAUGCGAUGAUGGCCUACGGAGGAACCACCGGAAACGGAGGUGCGAUGGGACCUUCUUCUGGUGGUACGGACGUUUUGGGCUCGACCGGUGAUUACAGCCCGCAGGGGACACCAACGCCACUCACGGGACACGCUGCUGGUCCCGUCGAAGCUACUACCUAUGGCCCUGCUACAGGACCAACCAGUUACAGCCCCCAAGAUAGUCCUGCGAGCUCUGCCGGCGGCGGUAGCGGUAGCAACGGGCAAUUGCCCAGUUUCGGAUUUACCCAAGAACAGGUCGCCUGCGUUUGCGAGGCGAUGGUGUCGUCUGUCCAGGUUCUCCAGCAGGCAGGCUCCGUGGAGAGGCUCGGCAGAUUUCUGUGGUCCCUGCCGGCGUGCACUAGGUUGCAUCGCCACGAAAGCGUCCUGAAAGCCAAGGCGAUCGUUGCCUUCCAUCGGGGACACUUCAAGGAGUUGUACAGGAUCCUUGAGAGUCAUACGUUCAGUCCGCACAAUCAUCAAAAACUGCAAGCUCUCUGGCUCAAGGCUCAUUACAUAGAGGCCGAGAGACUGAGAGGGAGGCCUCUUGGCGCAGUCGGAAAGUAUCGCGUACGACGCAAAUUUCCACUGCCGCGUACAAUUUGGGACGGUGAGGAGACGUCGUACUGCUUCAAGGAAAAAUCCAGGAGCGUCCUGAGGGAUUGGUAUGCCACUAAUCCCUAUCCUUCGCCUCGCGAGAAGCGAGAAUUGGCAGAGAGCACGGGACUCACCACUACGCAAGUCAGCAACUGGUUCAAAAACCGGAGACAAAGGGACCGUGCAGCUGAACACAGCUUCCACGAAACCUCGAGGCACGAGUGUCCCGCUCGAUGCCAACUAUUUCAUUCCUGAAUCGAGCCGCGAAUCACAAAAGAUUAAGAGCCUAUAAAGAACUCUUAACCGACAGUCUGUCAGAGUAUUUUCAGUUGCGAAAAGUCAUGAAACGCGGCAGU